AUGGUUCACUGCUGCAUAAGUGUAGCAGCAGAACUAGAGCAGCGCUGCAGCAGGACAACACCAGGGCAGCAGCAGCGCAGCAGCAGCAUCAGCAGCAGCAGCAGCACAGCAGCAGCAGCAGCAGCAUCAGCAACAGCAGCAGCAACAGCAGCAGCAGCAGCAUAUCUGUAUUCUGCUGCUGCAGGAGGAGUAUCUGCUUUAGGGUUUAGUGAUGAUGGUAACUGGAUUGCCUCUUACUCCGUCGCGGAGUCAGCUGUUAGACUCUGGCAUCUGAGCGGGUCAGGUUUCUUAGGUGGUAUUUGGGGGAACAGCAGCAAAUCCAGCGGAUUGCUGCAGCUGCCGCGGCUGCCGUCGAACAUUCUGUGGCAGUCUCCUCUCCAUAUAAUGAAAACUGUCUCCUUAUACCAUCGGGAGAAGUCCCUCUGGGUAUUGACGAGAGAAAACGGAGUCUCCUACGAACUCACAACCGCUUAG